GCAUCGAGGAAUUAAAUGCUGGUUUAUUUUUGUCAAGACUCUCGUGCUCUUUGUCUCUCGGCCACACCUUCUCUCUCUCUCUCUCUCUCGCUCACUCUCUUUCUCUCUCGUUUGCUGAGCUUCUGGUUCCCUGUCACUAUACAGGAAGCCUUAGUGAGAGCAAAUAGUAGAGGAAGCAUGGUUGGAUAGUUUACUUCAGACUUUGCAGAGCAGCCUGUUUUCCCGGGAGGUGGACCAGUGGAUGAUCGUCUUCCUUCUUUGGAUCUUGUCGUGCCAUCUGCGCUGAUAUUUGACCUUUGAACUUAAAGCUCUCUCAAAGAUGACUCGAGACAAGACACUACCAUGAUUGAGUGCCUCUUGUGUUCCAAACAGCAUGGAUUUCUUCUUCCAGCGUCAUUUCCAUCGAUGGCACAAGAGACAGAAGUUUCCUCCGACUGUCUGUCAACCCGGACCUGCUGUCCUGGUCAGCAAAGCACGGAGGCGUUCAAGUAUCGGCCUCCCCUCCGUAGCGCUACUCGAAAGCAGGCGCUCCUCUAGCGGUUUGCCACUGCUUCCUUAUCAGAGGCGUCCCAGUGUUGGCGUUUUGGUGGCCAGCGGACAGAGGCGACAGUCCAUUAAAGAUGCGACUUGUACCAGCUCAAGCCAAUCAGAUGGAGAAACCGGACUCGAGAGGCCUAAUACGCCAAUUACGAGAGAAUGGAGACCAUCUCAAUACAAACGUACUGCUCGCCGCUCUUCCGCAGCCUUCUCUAGCGGGCACCGAAGAAUGGCGGUGCGAUACCCCUCUGAAGAAAAAUCCAUUGAACCUCAUUUGCUUGGUUCCUCCAUGUUGCUUGCGAGUGUUGUCCAGAUGGGCAGCGGUGUGAAAGAAAAAUCCUCCGUCUCACUUUGUUCCUGUGCUGGGUCCGAUGGGGAGCAAACCGUCGGCCAGCAAGUGGGGGACCAAACAGUUAGCAGAAAAGAUGACUGGCCCAGAUCUCGAGUGCACGCAAGCCAAGCCGCUAUGAAAAAACGCAUUAAACCUCGACCUUUCCUCCGGCCUCCUCGCUGUCUAAGACGGAACUCCUCCCAUCUCCUCCCAGCUGAGUCUGUCUAUCACAACAGCGAAUUGAUUUACGGGCUUUAUGGUCGCUAUUAUCGACGAUCCACCAGCAGCCUCACUCUGAAGCAAAUGGAUUCAACCGAUCUGAAGUCGGAUCCUGAGGCACUGCCUAGUGAACUCCCUGAAAGCUGGUCUUCACCUAUCAGUAGAUCAGAGGGGUUGACAUACUAUGAUCCAUAUCUGGAAACAUGGGAGAACUUCCUAUCAAAAGCAAUAGCAAAAUCCAGCCUACCGUGUCAGCCAAGUACUUCAUCUUUCAGGCAAACAGAACCAGAAGCAAUCAUCAGCAGCACUGUUGACUGGACCGAGUCUGCUCAGUGUGGGGAUCAUAUCUGGUUUGAGACGAAUGUGUCUGGGGACUACUGUUAUGUUGGAGAACAACACUGUCUUGCCAGAGCACUGCAAAAGUCAGUCACCCGGAGAAAGUGUGCUGCCUGCAAGAUAGUUGCUCACACGAUCUGUAUUGAACAACUGGAGAAGAUUAAUUUCAGAUGCAAGCCAUCUUUCAGGGACUCUAGUCUCAAAAACAUUCGAGAGCCCAACAUUGUACGUCACCACUGGGUGCAUCGAAGAAGACAAGAGGGAAAAUGUAAACAAUGUGGCAAGGGCUUCCAGCAGAAGUUUGCUUUCCACAGUAAAGAAAUUGUUGCCAUUAGCUGCUCUUGGUGCAAACAGGCGUUUCACAACAAGGUGUCCUGUUUCAUGUUACACCAAAUUGAGGAGGUUUGUCCAAUAGGAGCUCACGCUGCCCUCAUAGUUCCGCCCUCGUGGAUUGUUCGGGUCCGACGUUGCCAGUGUCAGCAGUGUUGCCACACUCAAGCAGGAGAAAACUUAAAACAUGAUCAGCAGUCAGGAGCAUCAAUGAAGUCCAGUAAAAAGAAAAAAAGGACAUCAUUCAAGAGAAAAAGCAGUAAAAAAGGAGCUGAGUACUCACUGGAUGUACGGCAGUGGAAGCCCUUCAUCAUCCGGCCUAUUCCUUCCCCGUUGAUGAAACCGUUGGUGGUGUUUGUCAACCCUAAAAGUGGAGGAAAUCAGGGCACCAAAAUCCUUCAGUCCUUCAUGUGGUAUCUGAACCCAAGGCAGGUUUUUGACCUGAGCCAGGGAGGACCCAAAGAGGGAUUGGAGUUAUAUCGCAAAGUUCACAACCUGAGGAUUCUCGCCUGUGGAGGCGAUGGAACUGUGGGGUGGAUCCUGUCUUGCCUUGAUGAACUUGGGUUGAAUCCUCAACCUCCUGUUGCUGUGUUACCGCUUGGGACAGGAAAUGACCUUGCUCGGACUCUCAAUUGGGGAGGGGGUUAUACAGACGAACCUCUGUCCAAGAUCCUGUCUCAUGUUGAGGAUGGAAGUGUGGUCCAACUUGAUAGGUGGAAUCUACACGUUGAAGCCAACCACAGUGCAGGGGCUGAAGUGGAUGAACAGCAAAGUGAUAAGCUUCCCCUGGACGUGUUCAACAAUUACUUUAGCCUUGGCUUUGACGCACAUGUGACCUUAGAGUUCCAUGAGUCAAGAGAGGCCAACCCAGAGAAGUUUAACAGCCGUUUCAGGAAUAAGAUGUUCUAUGCUGGGACAGCAUUCUCAGAUUUCCUUAUGGGAAGCUCCAAAGACUUUUCAAAACACAUCCGAGUUGUGUGCGAUGGGACCGAUUUAACAUCAAAGGUUCAAGAUUUAAAGCUCCAAUGUCUGGUCUUUCUCAACAUUCCCAGGUACUGUGCUGGUACCACGCCCUGGGGAACCCCAAGUGAUCAUCACGACUUUGAACCUCAGCGCCAUGACGAUGGGUACAUUGAGGUCAUUGGAUUCACCAUGACAUCAUUGGCUACUCUUCAGGUUGGUGGUCAUGGCGAGCGGUUGAAUCAGUGUCGUGAAGUAACCCUCACCACCACAAAGGCGCUCCCUGUACAGGUGGAUGGGGAACCAUGUCGACUCGCUCCCUCCAUCAUCAACAUCAGCCUCAGAAACCAGGCCAACAUGUUCCAGAAAACCAAACGGCGCACAUCGUUGCCCCACCUCAAUGACCAACAGCCAGUCCCAGAAAGGUUGAGGCUUCGAGUCAGCAGAAUCAGCAUGAGUGACUACGACGCUCUGCACUAUGACAAGGACAAAUUGCGACAAGCGUCUAUUCCACUGGGACUAAUAGUGGUUCCCGGAGACAGCGAUUUGGAGACAUGCCGAGAACAUAUCCAGCGUUUACAAGAGGAGGAAGCUGUCAAGACGAAGAAUCUUUCCUCACAGCGGUUGUCACCAAAGUGGUGUUUCCUUGAUUCUACAACAGCUGACCGUUUUUACAGGAUAGACAGAGCACAGGAACAUCUCAACUAUGUGUCCGAAAUUUCCCACGAGGAACUCUUUAUCCUAGACCCGGAACUGAUUGUCACAAUGACAGUCGGCACGUCUCCAACUGCCAUGCCUGACCUGGUUCAUCCUUCUUCUAGCUUGGCUGACAACGGGGAAAACAGUUUGAAUCAGAACCCAGACGAUGUGUUUGUCUUCCCUGUGGAUUCGUGUCAUUCUCCAACCUCACCCUCUUCUUACGAGAUGAACAGUGACAGCUCUGCCUCAGCACCGAGUUUAACACCGGAAGUUCGAAAACUACGAAGAAAAGGUUGCAUCCAGCGCUCUGUCACCACUAAUGAUGAGCUUAAGCCAGUAAUGAGACAUGAAAUGGAUCAAAGGUCAAGUGAUGCAGGUGGAGGAGAAGAAGAAAAAGAGCUGCUGAUUCAGUGUGUAAAGAGCAACAACAUGAAGAAGCUGCAGGAGCUGCAUGAGAAAGGAUGUGACCUCACAUGUGUCGACCAAUCAGGCUGCAGCCUGCUGCACCAUGCUGUCAGUGCAGGAAGCAAAGAGAUGGUCCGCUUCAUCCUUGACAAUGCUCCAAAUGACCUUAUUGAUUUGACGGAACACAUACACGGCGAAACAGUUCUUCAUCGGGCCGCAUCACUGUGUCACAGGACCAUCUGUCAUUACCUAGUAGAAGCGGGAGCCUCACUGAUGAAAACUGACAUGCAGGGUGACACCCCAAAGAACCGGGCUGAGAAAGCUCAAGAUGCCGAGCUGGCAGCUUACCUGGAGAACCGGCAGCACUACCAAAUGAUCCAGAGGGAAGACCAAGAAACAGCCGUAUAGGCGUCUUCAGAACCAGAGUGCAAGGAGCAGCCAAGUGAGAUGUGCCAAACGUUAGCAUGAUGAGGACAAGUAAUAAACCUAUUGAUCAAGAAACAACUCAGGACAUUUCCUGUAGUCUCAGUGGAUCAUAAACAGCGUGUGACGAGUUGAGGGUUACAGAAACAUUUGAAAUAUCGAAGACGAUGUACUUAUACUUUUACAUUCUGAUUACCAAAAUUGACAUUCCCAUGAAGGGGUCAUUCAUGUCAAUAUGUGUUUUUCCGUUUCGGACCCAAGUUUCCCUCCACAUGACUGACGAAGCAUAAACAAAACUAGAAGCCUUUAGCAAGUGUGUUGCUAUUCUCUUGCCUUUUUACAUAGUAAAUGUGUGCAUAGUAAAUUAUUUUAUAAGUUGCUUGCACAGCGGCUAGCCAAAUAUUCACAUACCAAAAACUAAAAAUAAGAAACACAUUUAUUUGUUGGAAACUUAAGCAUUUGAUGUUAGCAUCUUUGACUUGCAAGAUCUUUUACUAUUAUUUAUACUUGCCAAUUACUAUAUCCUACAAGUAAGUUGAUACACUGGUUGUGAAAUACUUUGUUGUUGUGUUUUGCCACAUCUAACGUCGUUUGUGCAUGUCUUGAGGUAAUAAAACGUUUUCCAGUG